GGCAGGGUUUGGGCCGGGUGCUGUUCCCGCGGGAGCUGGGGGGCUCUCACAGCUCAGCAGCGCUUUCUGCAGUAGCCACCAGGUGGCAACCACGCUGUUGGGUUGGCCACCGGCCCUGGGAGCUGGGGCCUGGGGGCCAGGGCAGCCCCCUGGCCAGGCUGAGCAAGGCUCAGUGUACUGUGAUAUGAGAGGGAAACUGCUUUUCAGCUCCUGUUUUUUCUCUUAAUCUGGGUAAUACAUAACCAAAAUAAAUAUACUGAGGAAAAACCAAACCAACCAAAAGGGCUGUUUUUGUCUUGGUGCAUGCAGCUCAGCUGUGGUGGGUGGCUGGUGUUGCCCUGGGGUGGCUAGGACCUCCUCCCCUGUCUGCAGCCCUCCUCUGGGGCAGAGUCCCUCUGGGAAAGUGGGGUUAGACCUGGGGGACCCAGUUCCCCACAGCCAUGGGGGCCUAAGAGGGCUGGAGGCAGACAGUCCCCUUAGCAGCCUUCUUCUGGGGUUUGGUUUGCAGCCUGGCCAUUGCUGGGGCUCCCCUCCGUCCCUUGCUGGCAAACCCCCAGCGCCCUGCCCCACUCAGGCCCCAGGCCGCUGCCCAGGCCGAGGUGUUGAGCAAUGUCUGGGCUUUGCUCGCCUCUUCCCGGCAGUGGUUUCCCGCGCUCCAGCAUGAGCCGGGGGAUUAGCGUGCUGCUCAUCGCACCGCGCGGCUGGGAGGGGGAGUGGGUCAGGGCUGGCAGCCUGCUGCCGCCGGGCAGGACCAUUCUGGGCAAGGCGCUUGGAGUAGCAAAGCGUGGGGGAAUUAGGGAAAUAAUCUGUCGCUGUUGAUCCCAGUGGCGGGAAUUUGCAGCGUUGUGCCAGGCCCCAGGCGCGGAAGAGGGGGAGAGCCAGGCCGGCGGAUGUGUGAGCGGAGCUCCCAGCUGGAAUGCACCAGCUCAGCAAGGGAUUGUCCUCCCCGGGCCGGGCGGGCACCGCGCCGGGAGCCUGGUGCCUGUGACGGCUGCCCAGGCCAUGGCGGCAGCAGACAGCCCCUCAGCCGCCCUGCGGCGACGCGACCUCUGCAGCCGAGGUAUCCGCCUGGCCGGGAAGAUGCGCUCGGAUGUCAUCGACCUCCUGGACACUUAUGUGGAGCGGCAGGGCUUGGAUGCCUCGGCCAGCGUGGCGGCAGUGGAGGGGGUGCCGGUGGCAGCGGUGGAGCGCUGGGAUGAGCAGACGGGGACCCAGCGGCUGCUGGAGAACCUGGCAGCGUACCGGGCCUUCCGUGUCCUACUGGCCCAGAUGCUGGAGGAGCACCGGGAGCAGCUGGGGGAGGCCGACACUACCCUGGGCCGGGCGCUGGCGGCCGUCCUGCUGCAGGUCUCGGCCUUUGCCUACCACCUGGAGGAGCUGCUGCGGCUGGAGAGCCGCGGGCCCCCCAGCGAGGAGGGGGCUGCCCCCCCCCCAGCCCCCCAGCUCGGCCUCUUUGAGAGAAAGCUGCGGGGCCUGGGGGUGCUGCGGGAGCUGGCCCAGUGGGCUGUCAGGUCUGCGCGGGACCUGCGGCAGCUCGCCAAGGCCAGCCCAGGCAGCAGCUCGGCCCCCAGCUGGGCUGAGAGUCCCUGAAGGUGGGUGUGGGGCGGGGGGGACUGGGGUCCCACUGGGGCAUGGCAGGGGGCCCCCUGACCGCCCCUGUGCAGGGCUGCUGACAGCCAAAGGGGCUGUUCAAAGAGGUGGGCAGACAGAAAAGACCAUGUCAUUAGCCCCAAAGGCCCCCCAUGCUUUUGGUGCCGCUCCCUGCGGGCUCCUUUCCCUGUGGGGAAACUGAGGUAUGGGCUGUGCUCCGGCCCAGAGGGAGGGGGAUCCCCAGGCAGGGCCAGACCCGGGGGUGGCUCGGGCUCUGCCUGCUGGGGGGUCGGAAUUAUCCCCCAGGAAGCAGUUUUGCUGCUCACCCCAGAGUCCGUGGUCCUCAGCAGGCUGCAGCAGCGCCGGCCAUUUCUUUGAAAUGUGGUUGCUGCUCAGCUUGUAGCAGAGGAAAGCUGCCUUGGGGCUCUUGCAGAAGCAAGGCAGGGACAAAGGGACAGAAAAAUAUCAUCUGGUGAAAGGAGUCUUGGGACCUACCCCCCAGCAGCAAGAUGCAAGGCUUCACCUCCUUCACAUGGACUCUUCUCCUGCCUGGCUCGCAUUUUCUGCGCAUUGAAUUUCUGCUCUAAUUACCUGGGGGCUUUUUUGGUGGGGGGGUGCUUGCAAUCAGGAGGGGAUUUCUUAACUGCUUGGACAAAGUAACAGAGGGGAUCUUUUAACUGAAGGCUGUGAUUCAAAAGACCCUCUGCAAGGAGGUUUGUGCCUCCAGGGGCUAUUUUGGGACUGGAAACGACAUGGAGGAUUAAACAGCCCCAACCACAUUGCUCACCCGGUGAAGGGGAAUGCCGUGGGGUUUUGCGGCUGCCUGGGACAUGGUUUUCUUGCAGAAUGGAUGUCAUGGCUGCUGGCUGCUGAGCAAAU